AUGUUUAAACUAUCUAAAUUGUUUUAUUCAUUCAAACACUCUCGUAGAUCUAACAUUUAACAUAAUCUGACAGAUUUCAAAAAGAAAAGAAGAUAAGAAUUACUAUAUAACAUUGGUUUAUAUGGUGCUGCUUUUGGAUGUGCUUUUGGUGCUGUUCCAUUUUAUAGAUUGUGGUGUGAGCAUUUUGGUUUAGAAGGAGAUUAUGAUAAAAAGGAUUAUUCAAUGAAAGGCAAAAAAUGUAUUUACAUUCUUUUUAUUUCUAAGUGGAUGUCUUUAGAAAAUUUCAUAUUGAAUUUGGAGCUGAAACUGAUCCUGAAGCUAAUUGGGAGUUUCUUCCUGUCUAAUAGAAUGUUACUGUUCAUGCAGGAGAAACUGCUUUAGUCUUUUAUAGAGCCUAUAAUAGAAAUGACUAAGCAGUAGUAGGUUUUAUAUUAUAAUUAUUUAAGGUUUUGCAACAUACUAAAUUUUCCCUGAAGAUGCAGGACUUUAUUUUGCAAAAAUUCAAUGUUUCUGCUUUAAUUAAUAACUACUUAAUCCAAAAGAAGAACUCUAAUUACCCAUUUACUUUUAUUUAGAACCAGAAAUUAAUGAAGACCCACUUCUAAAAAAAUGUGAAGAUGUAUAAAUCUUUUAUUAAAAUGUUCUAAGAUUAAGAUUAUGUACAAAUUUUAUAAAGCCAAAAAUUAAGAACUAGCAAAAUUAGCAGAAAAUGAAUAUAAGACUGUAAAGAAAAAUAAAAUGAUAUUAUAAAAAUUAAGAGAUGCAAAAAAAUCAGGAGCAUUAAGUGAUGGUGAAUUAAAUAAAAUAAAAGUAAUUUAUUAAUUAGAAAUAUAUUAGAGUACUAAAUUUACAGAUCAAGAAAUUGAAGACUUUGAUGAAUGGGCUUAUGAUAAUCCUUUAGAAGCUGCUGAAGCAUAAAAGGAGUAGUAAGAAUCAAAAAAUUGA